AUGAACACAGAUUACAAACAAGGAAAGCUAAACCCCAUUGAUGAUGCGCAGUUGCGGAGCCACGCAUUACUGAGGCAACUCGUUUGUUCUCUUCUGCUUUCCACUUCCCAUUUCAGGGGCUUCCUUUGUAGCCGACCAGUUGCAACAAAGAUGGCUGCAACUGCAGCGCAGGAAGGAGCGGUAUGUAGAGGCAAAGCAGAAUGGACGCCGUCACGAGAUGCAUUUCUGGUCGAUCUUUUCAUCGAACAGCACAAUUCUGGACGAACGUCCUAUAACGAAUUCAAGAAUGAAGUUAUUCGAUCCGUUACGCGUGAUUUCAAUGACAAGUUUGGCUUGAAUCUGGAAGAAAACCAGAUAAAAAACCGUUACAACGUGAUGAAGAAAGAUUAUGGUGUUUUUAAAACCCUGCUCGGACAUAAUGGAUUCGGUUGGGACGGAACUCGACGAAUGGUUGUAGCUGAUGACAGAGUUUGGGACAACUAUAUUGCUGUAAGAAGCGAAGCGAGACCCUUCCGGCGCAAGACCUUUCCUCUGUAUAAACAAAUGUCAAUCAUAUUUGAAUGUGAAAGAGCUACUGGCAAAUGCGUUCCCAUGGUAACUGAAGAGGGAAAUAGCAACACCAAGACGGCUCGAUCUUCAGAGCCAACUGAUGCACCUGCACAAGUAGUUGAGGGCACCCUCGAUUCUGAUUUGAUAAUUCGAAUAAGUGACAAACAAUUGAAGAAACGAAGGUCCGUUCCUCCUAGAGCUGAUAAGAAAAGGGUAUGA